UUUCCACUUUUCUACGAAAUGGAGCGUCGUUUAUAUCGACCUCUACAGCCCCAUGAUGGCCGACUUCCUACAGUGUUUGAACCGGUAGAACCAACGCGUAAGCGUAUCUCCACUGCGUGUGGUUCGUGUCGUGAGAGGAAAAGUAAAUGUAAUGGCGCAACGCCCGCCUGCUCGAGUUGUGUCGUUCGAGGGUCCCAGUGCAUAUACACUGUGAAAGAGAAGGCGGGGCUCCAAAUACACGCGCUCAAACACGAAAACAAGGGCCUGAAAGAGCGUAACACAGCCACCGAGGAGUUGCUCGACCACCUACGGCUGCUGCCAGAGAACAACGCUCUUGAACUGCUGAGGGAGAUUAGGAUGAAUCCUAAAGGAACUCCGCUUUCGUUACUCAAUUCACUUCGAGGCGAUCCCCAGUUGAGACUGCCUAGUGCGAAUCAUGCUGCACUCGGUCUGCUACCGCGAAUUCAAUCGGGCGCCGAACUAGCCUUCAUAGAUCUACAAGGCAAGUUGACGGACGAAACACAACCUUUACUGGAGCCACUUCCAAUGGCUCAGGAUCAAAACAUGGGGCUAGAGACCCUUGAUAUUAGCUUCUGGACUGCAGUGCCGGUUACAAAUGAGUUUGCUAGAGUUGAUCAUCCAACAAUAGGCGUUUUUGACUCGCAGCUUUUCAUUGCCGAUCUACUGAGCUUCAAUUUUGACUUCUGCUCCCCGUUCCUAGUGAGCUCUUUGCUCGCAUAUGCAUCGCAAGGAUACUCUACCCAAGAUGCGACAUCAUCCGCGCGAGGCUUUGAAUUUGAAGAAGAAGCAGAACGAUUGUUUGAGGCAGAACGAACAGAUUCUCCAACAGCCCUGUCUGGUUUAGCCUUGCUUUCAUAUUCCCACGGCGCACACGGACGAUAUUCCGACGGUUCGAGAAAGUACGCCGAGAAUGCCUUUCAGAUGGGGAAGCGAAUGAAGCUUUUUGGCGUUCCGGAUCGAUUUGGCUCCCCCGAACUCCGAUUACUCCCAACGCCCCAUCAGCGUGCUUUGGUAUCUUCAGCAUGGGGAGGUUUCAACACAAUUAUGUUACUCAGUUUAUUUCAUAUACUACCACCUACGCCGUACCCUCCAGCUUUACCUUAUCCGGGGUACUCUGGAGCGAGGGAAAGCAAUAAUGAAAGCAUUGAGCAGAGCGGAGGUUGCAACUUCUCUACUCGCUAUGCUAGCGAAACCAUGUCAUCUGCGCUCUGUAGCCUCUGGGCGGUCCUUUCUGACAUUCUCUGCUUCUACCGGAACCCUGAACGGCCAGGGACGCCGAAUUUGGCCUUCGCAUUCUCAAAGUACAACAUGCUGUUGGCUUUGGCUGGACAACUGCCCGCGCAAUUGAUUCGCCAAGAGCAUACUUCCCUAUCUGUGCUUUUCUUCCACAUAGUAUUUCAUACCGCCGUGCUAGAGGUAUUUCGCCCGUUUCUGCCCCCCGGUAAAAGAAUUCGAAUAGCAGAGUAUCUAGAAACAUCUACUGCGUCACCCGAGACCAUUUUCGCAGCCUCUGCACAGCAGCUAAAAAGCCUCACCGCCAACUGUAUCGAGCAACAGCACGGAACGGCAACCAUCUUUUGGGCGGGUAUUGGUCUUAUGCAAGUCGCAAACGCCGUGCUUCGAGAUGUUGCGAGCUCCGACUGGCGGCACUCCUUCCUCUUCUGCAUCCGCAGCUUUAAGCUGCUCUUCCCUGCUUUCGCAGUAUGCAAGGGCAUUGUGCGGGGACUCUUAGCAAUGGCUGUUUUCGAGAGCACAUCAAUGUCAUCUUCCGAGGCUUUAUCUAUAAUGGAGGAGUUUCAAGCUGGGGAGACCUUCCAUGACGACAUCGCCCACCCAACAGGAGGUUUUGUAGUCGAUUUCGAUAUGGCUGUGCAGAGCAGACAAGAUGCAGAUGUUAAUGUCUGGCUCGAUAAAUUCGAGGACAUGAGCAUAUUCUCAGACUUUACCCAAGAGGUGCUAUGA